GUGAUUCAGUUUGAUUUCAUUUCAGUCAAAGAGUUGAUCGGUGACAGUAAAGGCACCGAAAACUCCAGGUUUUCUUGUGAUUUUGACUUGGAAUCCAACCCAUACAUGAUCGUAAAGCUAUAAAAUAAUAAGUUUACAGGACCUGUCUAGAACAGACUGGUUCAACAUGAAAACCCCGGCGUUGAGUGCUGUCUUACUUCUGACUGCAGUCGUUUCAACUUCAGUUUCUGCAGGCGGCAGUUACAACGUUGCAGAUAAUAAUGACCGUUUCACACAUAGCGGAGGAUCAGGUCUUCAAGGCCUGAAUAUCCAGCAAAGUGGUUUCACGAAAGUGUCACAUUCAACCAAUGAGAAGACCAUCACCACAGAAAAUGAGAGUAGCAAGGGUAAAAUGAAGAACCAGAGAGGGGAUACAGAAACAACUCAGGAAACUUCUCGAAAAGGGAAGAAAACUGAACGAAAUAAAGAGACAGAAGUCAAGCAAGGAGGAGGAGGUCGUCGCAAAAAUGGAGACGAUAAUGGAGGACGAAAAAGAGACAAGGGACACACUGAGACUGUGAUUAAGAAAGUACGAGAAGGUGGUCGACGUACAGAUAAAGAUCGAAGUGGUUCUAAAGGCGGCAGUUCGGAAGGCCAAAUGAACAGGAGAAAUGGAGGACGAAAAGCGGACAAGGGCAAUGCUGAGACGGUGGUCGAGAGAGUACGGAGUGGUGGUCGAUCUCGAAAUAGAAACCGAAAUGAGUGGAGGACGUUCACAUGUAGGAGAGGACAAAGAGAGCUAGUCUUUGAAGAUCUCACCGAGAAUGAGAAACUGGAGUAUGAGAUGACUAGCUCUGCCGAAUCGUUUUCAUUCAGUUUCUGUCGAAAUAAAAAUGGAAAGAACUGUCUUGAGAUUGUACUAAGCUCUUCUGGUGAAUCGACCAUGAAAUUUAAUGGUGAAGAUUUGUGCCUCCCCAUUGGAUCAUUCUAUGAAAAAGGAAAGAGGUUUUCCUUCACUAUCAUCUACACUCGGUAUUGUCUGGUUGUCAGGAACAUUUUAUCAGGGGUUGAACUUGCUGCAUCGGUCGAGGGUGAUGAAUUGAGUGGUUUCAACUACUGCUAUGCCACUUCCAAUGGUGGAAAAGGAGAUUCCUCGCUACAGAUUAAGGAGCUUGAAUUUUCCGAAACUGAGAUCUCAACGUUUAUAGGACGGUACAGAGUUAAAGGACGUGGAGGCGGACGAGGCCAAGUCGAAGUUGGAAAUGCAGACGUUAGUAAUGGACGAGGGUAUGGACGACGCGGCAAGAAAGGAGGAAAAGGUUCUGAUGAGAGUUCGGAAAGCAAUGAGAAUGGUGGCAAAGGAGGAGGCCAAGUCGAAGUUGGGAAUGCAGAAGUUGCUUAUGGACGACAGCGUGGAGGAGGUGGCAAGAAAGGAAAAGGUUCUUCUGAGAGUUCGGAAAGCAAUGAGAAUGGUGGAAAGAGAGGAGGCCAAGUCGAAGUUGGGAAUGCAGAAGUUGCUUAUGGACGACAGCGUGGAGGAGGUGGCAAGAAAGGAAAAGGUUCUUCUGAGAGUUCGGAAAGCAAUGAGAAUGGUGGAAAGAGAGGAGGCCAAGUCGAAGUUGGGAAUGCAGAAGUUGCUUAUGGACGACAGCGUGGAGGAGGUGGCAAGAAAGGAAAAGGUUCUUCUGAGAGUUCGGAAAGCAAUGAGAAUGGUGGAAAGAGAGGAGGCCAAGUCGAAGUUGGGAAUGCAGAAGUUGCUUAUGGACGACAGCGUGGAGGAGGUGGCAAGAAAGGAAAAGAAACACACUCAAAGUUUGAUUUGAAGUUGGUGAACGUUUUCAUUAUAUAUUUAGAUUCCAGUGGCAGUUCAGAAAGCAAAGAAAAAAGAGGCAAAGGAGGAGGCCAAGUUGAAGUUGGGAAUGCAGAAGUUGCUUAUGGACGUCAGCGUGGAGGACGUGGCAAGAAAGGAAAAGGUUCUAGUGAAAGCAGUUCAAAAAGCAGUGAGAAAUCAGGAAGACGAGGAUGGCGAACUUUCCAAUGUCGACGGGGUGAACGUGAACAGGUGCUUAGAGGGCUAUCUGAGAACGGAGAUCUGGAGUUUGAAUUUGGCAGCACUGAUUCAGAAUCGAUCAGGAUCGAGUUUACUAGGAGCAAAAAUUCCUUCGACGACAGUAUCGUUAUUGUUCUAAGUUCUUCCGGAGAAUCAUCCAUUAGGCUUGGUGGACAGGAUUUGUGCGAGCCAAUGCUGGGCUCAUUCUACACACUAGGCUCGGAUUUUUCCUUCAGCAUCAAAUAUGCAUCAGGGAGACUCGUUAUCAGGAAUGAUGAUAUUGAAGGAGCAGAAAUGGUGGCAGUGAUCGACGAGGAUGUAUUGGUCGGUUAUAGGUUCUGUUAUGCAACUGUAAAUGGUGGAUCGGACGUUACAACGUCGCUGAAAGUCAAACAGAUCGAAUUUUCUUCAGAUUUCCUCUCCAAGUUUGUAUCACGAUACGGAAGCAGAGUCCGAGAACGUGUUCGAGGGAACCUUGGGAGGAACGUUGGAGAUGCUGAAGUUGAAACUAAACGCACGAGAGGACGUAUAAGAGGAAAGGGAAAUAGUGAAGGCUCUAGUGGAAGCAGUUCUGAAAGUAAAGACAGAAGCAGAAAACGAGGUAACCGAAAUAGGAAUGGCGGAGACAGUGAAGUUGAAAAUGACAGCGAUGGAGGACGAAGGAGGGGAAAUGGUAGGAGUCGAGAGAGUAGGAGGAAGGAGGUUGGAUAUACAGAAAUUGCAUCCAGGCGAAACAGGUAUAAGGACAGACGGCAAUGGGGCAGUAGAAGAGGUGGAUCAUGGAGAUCUCGAAUGGGCAAAUUUUAUAGAUGGCGAACUCUCAGUGGGAAAGAAAGGGCUCAUGCACUUCACCUUGAUGAACAACAACUUGCCAUGUCUAUGUAUGUCAGAACCAGGGCAGCUCGAUUCGAUCUAGAAUUCUGCAUGGCACCAAAUGGCAAAGACUGUCUCACUGCUUAUAUAAGUACACAGGAUGAUUCUCGCGCAUACAUUGAUUACAAAGGCACCAAAGUUGCUGAGAGCACAAAGGGAGCCUUCAUUAGACUUACCAGAAGGACCAAAUUGAACGUGUUAAUCUCAAGUCAUCGAUUGAGCAUCGUCAAUGACCGUGGAGACCGGCUUUCGGUUGAAUUACCAGAAGGUUCAUCAGUCGAAGAUAUCUACAUGUCCACACUAGAUGGAAAAUGGACAAAGGUGAAAAUCCGCCUCCGAAGAAUGGGCAGAAAACUCACUAGCUCUGGUGGACCUCUGACUCGCAGUACUGCCUUUGAGGAUAUUGGUUCGAAAAGAACCUCACUGUCCUGUAGAAUACGCACCGUGGCCACAUUCGUCAGAUUCUACUUUUGUUUUGAUCGUAAAGAUUGCUACAUAGCCGACCUGAGCACGGAGUCUACAGAAGCAUCCCGAAUCACUUACCAAGGAGAUUUGGUAAGCGAUGAGGUACCAGGUAACUUUAUCAUCCCAAACAAAGAUAAGGAAUUUGAAAUAUUCUUUGAUGUGAAUGGAGGUUACCUCAAGAUCUGGAAUACUAAUCCAGAUAGUGAACGCCAACUAAUCGCUGACAUUCCUAAAGGUCGUCGGUUUGAAUCUGUCUCGGCUUCUACAGAUGACGGCGAUUUCACAGAACUACAGAUGAUAGAGAUUGAAGCAAGUCGAGAGAUUUCUUCUGAGACAUCGCUUGAAAGGACAACGGUUGCUGAACAACUUAAUUUCCCUGCAACCUUACAAUUUUCAUUUAAUCUCGAGGCUGACCUGUUGUACCUGAUAUUUAGUCGCUCAGAUGGGUCAAGUUAUACGAUAAAAAUGAGUACAAAGCCGACGGAUUCAUCUGUCAUUAUCACUGGGAGUGAUGAAAUCCUUGCCAAGUCACCCAGCGAACCUUUCCUCCUGUGGGGCAAUGACAUUCCCAUACAAAACAACCUUGUAGUUACGGUUGAAAAAACCAAUGUGGUAGUUAGCAAUAUGGCUACCGAUUUGACUAUGACAGCUGAUAUAUCAGAAGCCCAUUUGUACAAUCACAUCGACAUCAGGACGGAAGGAGGUGGUAUUCAGGAUUUCAGCGAGGAAGAAGUCGAAGAACCACCAGCAACAGAGUCACCAGCUGAAGAAACUGAGGCAUCACCAAAAGUGGCACCAGAUGAAGAAAACGAGGCACCUGCAACAGAAGCACCAGAAUCUGAGGCACCAGCAACAGAGCCACCAGCUGAGGAAACUGAGGCACCAGCGACAGAGCCACCACCUGCACAGACUGAGGCACCAGAAACAGAGCCACCACCUGCACAGACUGAGGCACCAGCAACAGAGCCACCAUCUGAAGAAACUGAGGCACCAGAAACAGAGCCACCACCUGCACAGACUGAGGCACCAGCAACAGAGCCACCACCUGCAGAGACUGAGGCACCAGCAACAGAGCCACCACCUGCACAGACUGAUGCACCAGCAACAGAGCCACCACCUGCAGAGACUGAGGCACCAGCAACAGAGCCACCACCUGCAGAGACUGAGGCACCAGCAACAGAGCCACCACCUGCAGAGACUGAGGCACCAGCAACAGAGCCACCACCCGCAGAGACUGAUGCACCAGCAACAGAGCCACCACCUGCAGAGACUGAGGCACCAGCAACAGAGCCACCACCCGCAGAGACUGAUGCACCAGCAACAGAGCCACCACCCGCAGAGACUGAUGCACCAGCAACAGAGCCACCACCUGCACAGACUGAGGCACCAGCAACAGAGCCACCAGCUGAAGAAACUGAAGCACCGGCAACAGAGCCACCAUCUGCAGAGACUGAUGCACCAGCAACAGAGCCACCACCUGCACAGACUGAGGCACCAGCAACAGAGCCACCAGCUGAAGAAACUGAAGCACCGGCAACAGAGCCACCAUCUGCAGAGACUGAUGCACCAGCAACAGAGCCACAACCUGCAGAGACUGAGGCACCAGCAACAGAGCCACCACCUGCAGAGACUGAUGCACCAGCAACAGAGCCACCACCUGCAGAGACUGAGGCACCAGCAACAGAGCCACCACCUGCAGAGACUGAUGCACCAGCAACAGAGCCACCACCUGCAGAGACUGAGGCACCAGCAACAGAGCCACCACCAGAAGAGACUGAGGCACCAGCACCCGAUGAAGGAACAAGGGGAGACAGUCCUGUGGUAGAAUUACCAAGGAAUCGGGGAAAUAGAAUCAUACAAGAAGGUAAUGACCAAUCAACACAAGGGUCAUCUUUGAAACCAUCUCAAGUUCCCCCAGUCAUUGAAACAAUACGAAACACUGGAUCUACUGACGAAUCAGAGGUAAAAGAGACAGUUGUCCCUGAAGUAGUAGAGCCUGCCGUGAAACCAUUCAAUGAAGAGCCAGAUGAGUCGGGUAUACUACAAACUCAACCUUCUGGUGAUGCUCAGUUCUUUGACCAGUCUUUGGACUUUGAUCGGCUAUUACAACUUCAGUUUGAUUUCAGCGUGACUAUUCCAAAAGGUUUCUCAAUCCUUUUGACACAAGCACAAUUCCUUCAAGGAGAUUAUUAUUCAAUUGGCAUAACUGAAGGAAACGAAUUCAUGGUUAUGCGAUGUAACACAGAAAGUAACCAAUGUGAUUCCCUCUACGCCGGACCAAUUGAACAAAUUGGUGAAGUAGUAGGAACAUAUAUAUUCACUCUGAAGAUUCAGAAGACAUUCGAUGACAAGGAUGACCAUGACGGAACAUACUCCUACAAAUUCACAUUGCUUUAUGAUGGAGCUGUGGUCGGACAGGAGGUGGUGGUCGGGUAUCCGGAUACUUUCUAUAUCAAGUACAUUGGAUGCACUUCUGAAGGGUACUUAGCGACAUGGAAGAUCUUCUCCAUUGUAUCACCUGGUACUACUCAGAGGUCGUCUUCAAUCAUUCUUCGGGAUAUCGAUGAUUCUUGCAGUCUAGAAGUGGACGUGUUUGAUCGCGAGCUGGUAUUCAGUGUAGAAGCUGAAGAAUUGCUCUACAUUCAUCUCUACACCAGCAACGGCAUGUACAUAAUCCGUGUUGGAGACAACGGCAACGAAUACGUUACGGGAUCUCUUGGUGAGGCAACAUCUCCUGGCGAUGCCUCCCGUCUGGUUCAAGAAGGUGUGCUGAGUCUUUCAGGCAAGCAGUACUACCUAUCCUGGAGAAACAGCAGGAUUAAGUUUGGAGAAACAGCUGAGGACAGCGAAGCGAUGCUAGACUGGUUCAUUGGGGAGGAGAUCUCGGUGUCCAAGCUAGAGUUUGUCGCUAAGGUGGACAGCGUGUAUCUUAUUCACACCUACAAGUACUUCUAUUUAUAUGCCAACGUUCUGCAGUGGACCCAUGACCGCAUCCGAGCAACAUCCCUUACUUUCUUCAGUCUUCGAUAUGAGCGAGGUGCACCAUUCAUAGACCUCAAGAUCAAAGCUUCAGGGACUGUCUUGAUUGCACUUGCCACAGACCAGGCGCACCCAGAGUCGAGCAUGAGUUUGAUACAUAUGAGUUCCCGGAAGAUAUCACUCUCAGAGUGCCUUGGUUGUGAAGCCAUAACCUCCGUCACCAUCCGUGAAGAUCAGCCUGCCCUCCUGGAUCCAUCCUUGUUCCUGGAGUAUCAGAUAAUAUACGAAGAUGGCAUUCUUAAGAUCUUCUCCACCACCCAAGAAACUGCAUUAUUUACCUACGAUGGCAUCCAGCAAGGCACACUCUAUUUCUAUGAUGGUUUCGGAGGAACGAUCGGUAGCUACUACCACAUCAGACUCAACCAGGGAACUAUCUACCAAGCAGAGCAUUGUCAUGAUAUAAACACAUACUUGGAUGGGGGAAUGAAGCUACUGAAUAUUCAACAUUCAGAUCAGAUGAUUGCUUUCUUUGAUGAGGAGGUCAACCUCGAAGCAGAGCUUGCCAUGGAAGACACACAGACAGAGCUGCGUACCUCCCGUGGUGGCAUUGCCAUCGACACGACAACUAUUCCCAGUUGCAUCUACCAUGACCCCUCCACUCUAGUCUGGCUGGCUUUCACAGAUGGGGCUAUUCAGUACGGUACCUACAACAAGGAGAAUCACCAGAGAAGUGACCCAUGUAUGACCUUUAACCUCCGGGAGGGUCACAAGGUCAAGUACAUCUCGUUCGGCCGACAGCGUCCAGAGUGGAGUGUGAGACAUCACUCCAUUGAGAGGAAGGUUGUCUACAAGCAGUUGAUCACUCGUGUGAAGAGUUCUGUACUUGUGAAAGGCCCUCCCAUACGUGUGAAAGGCCCUCCUAUACGUGUGAACGGUCCUCCCGUUCGUGUAAAUGGUUUGUAGGCCUACCCUAGCCACAGCCACAUACAUGUAGUGGUCACAUUUUAUUUUAACUAUUUUAAUAAUUUAUUGAACAUAUUUACUAAAAGCUGGUCUAUCCUAGCCAGAAUGAAGAAUUAUAUUUCUUUAUAAGAAUUUAGAAGAGAAGAAUUAUCAUUUCCCAUAAUGAACUGUAAUAUCUUCAUUGAAGAGGUGUGUUAACAAUGACUUGAUUUGUUGGAAUUGAACUGGAAUGACAAUGACUUAUGGCAAAUCUAUGAAUCUAAAUCAAUAUUUCAUAAUUUUCAACUUUGAUUUUUAGUACAUGUAUUAUAUAUAUUGCAGAAUCUAAAUGAAAUUGAAGUAAAACCUCUACACAUUAUUCAUAGCAGUUGUUAUGAUAACAUUGUGCAAUAAUUCGAUUCAGAAAUAAUCAAUAUUAUGUAAUGGUAUCAGAAUGCACAAAUAACAACACAUAUACGUGUAAGGCUGAAAGUACAUCUAAUGUAGUGUAUUUGAUGAAAUAUACAAUAUCCAUCUGAUUGUAAUAUUUGUUUACAUAAGCCUGGCAUCCUCUAACCAACAUAAAGAAAGUGCAGAUUACAAAAUCGGUAAUCACUAAUUUUGUAAUCUUCAUUUUCUUUGUUUGUAUAUUCAAUUGAUACAUAUCCAUCAUAAUUUUCUCAAGAAAAGAGAUGUCCGUCUCUAUCAUUCCUGAAUGUUAUUAAUUUCUACAAUUUUGCAAAGGGGCAAAAUU